GGUGGUGGCUGGAGGCCGCGGUGCGGAGGCCGGCGCGGGCAGGGCUCAUGUAAUCAAAGGAGUUUCUUUGUUGUGUGUAUCUUUUCAGAACACAACAGGAAUUCAAAAUGAAUCAGAACACAACUGAAUCUGCUGUUGCUGUGGAGACCUUAGACGAUGUACCUGAGCAUGUGCUUAGGGGGCUUCCUGAGGACGUGAGGCUCUUCCCAUCUGCUGUUGACAAGACACGACUUGGUGUCUGGGCAACAAAGUCAAUUUUAAAAGGCAAGAAGUUUGGACCAUUUGUUGGUGACAAGAAAAAAAGGUCUCAAGUUAAGAGCAAUGUAUACAUGUGGGAGGUGUAUUACCCAAACUUGGGAUGGAUGUGUGUUGAUGCAACUGAUCCUGAGAAAGGGAACUGGCUACGCUAUAUAAACUGGGCACGUUCAGGAAAGGAGCAAAACCUGUUUCCUCUGGAGAUCAACAGGACCAUAUACUACAAAAGUUUAAAGAUACUGAGACACUUUCUGCUGAGGAUUUUUUGCAGAAAUUAGCUAUUAUAUUGUGUUUGCAUUUUAUGACAAAUACUGCUUGUCAAGACACUUUUUUUAUGUAGCUUAAUGAAACAAAUUUUCCGGGUUUUAUACCAUUCCAGUCUUACUCAGGGAGGGGCAGGAAAAAGGGUUUAAUUCCUGGGGCAUUGUAUCUCCCAAACCAAGAAAAAAAAAAUGGUUUAACUGUAAGUAAUGGUAGAGGAUGUUAGUGUUAGAAUGUUGUGGCUAUAAAGUAUUAUCUGAAUCUCUGAUCAAGAGCCUCCUAGCAGUGAGUAUAUAUAGCUUGACUUUGUUUUUAUUUAAAAUGCUUUUGUGGUUUUUGGGUAUAUGCAGCCUUGCUGCUACACUAUUACUGUUUCUUACAUUUCCUUCUAAGGCUGACAACAUCUGUAAGUAACUGAUAUUCACUUAAUAAAAGAAUGAGCUGAUACCAUGCAGUUUUGAAGUUUAUAUGGCAGUACAGCAAUAUGUAAUCUUCUAUUUUAGGUCACUCAAACUACAUUGAAAAAAACCAAACUUCU